UACGUGUCAAUCAAAUCAUGUGAUUUUAAAGCGCUUAUAUAAAUGGCGGAUAGGGGGGAUUUAAUGUUUAUUUAUCUUUAAUUGCCUUUGUGACAUAUUUAGAAUAAGACAAACCAGUAAUAAAAAAGGUCAAGGACGGUAUAGACAUCGAUAGUAAAUAACAAAGUAUAUCAGUUUACGUUAUGUAGUUAUUAUCUCUAGUGUUAAAACUUUUUUUACCAAAAUUUCAACGAUCGCUAAUUUCCAACUAGCGAAAAUGGAGCGUUCGAGAUCGCAAGAAAAUGAAGACGUAGAAACCUGUGAUAGUGAAAAUUGCUGUGAUUCAUCCACCAAACCUUUGUUAACGGAAGAAAGAAUGAGGAGGAAAUUGCAAUUUUUCUUCAUGAAUCCUAUAGAAAAAUGGCAGGCUAAGAAGAGAUUCCCCUAUAAAUUCGUAGUGCAAGUGAUUAAGAUAAUAUUAGUUACGUUCCAGCUGUGUUUUUUCGCUUACUAUAGAUAUAAUCACGUUAAUUAUACUUGGGAUAACAAAAUAACUUUUUCGCAUUUGUUUUUAAAAGGCUGGGAUACUACUAGAGAAGUAAACGCGUAUCCCCCGUCUGCAGGACCUUUAGCGGUAUACAAAAUUGACGAUUUCUAUUCGACUAUAGAUUAUGCUUAUAAAGGAUAUUCGGAUUUGGAAAAAGCAAUCGGUCCGUAUUCGUACGCUAAUGAAGAUAAUAGCAAAAGUGACAUGGUUCUAUGUUUAAAACAUUAUAAACAAGGAAUCAUAUUCGGUUUUAACGAAUCUUAUAUUUUUAAUAGCGAAAUAGUUGAACAGUGCUACAACAUCUCGGAACCACUUGAUUCGUCUUUCAAUUCGAAACGAUUCGUACAAGAUGAACAUAUCAAAAUAAAUUUUACCGCUUUAGUUGAAUCUUCCUUAAAAUUUUCCAUUAAAACGGUGAAUUUCAAAGCAGCCGGUCGGAUUUCACCUCCGAAUUGUUUUCUAUUCAACAUCGAAAUUAAUUUCAAUAACGAAGAUCACGAUGGGCAGAUGAUAGUAUCUCUAGACGCCGAACCUAUUCGUUUGAUAUGCAAAGGGGACGUGUGGUAUAAAACAGACAGUGAAAUAGAAUCAGUUCUUCGAAGUAUACUCAACUAUUUUGUUAUGUUAAUAUGUAUAACGUCGUUUGUUCUGUGUUCGAGAGCCGUUUGGAGGGCGCAACAAUUAAAAGUGAUCACCAAUACAUUUUUUAUAAAAAGAUUCGAACAACCAUUGAGCCAAAAGGAUAAAAUGAAAUUUCUAAAUUUGUGGUACAUCAUGAUCAUAAUAAACGAUUUGUUAAUCAUAAUUGGAUCGGCCAUUAAAGAACAGAUUGAAAAAGAAUCUUUUACUACUGAUCAAUGGAAUAUUUGCAGUUUAUUUUUGGGUAUAGGUAAUUUGUUGGUGUGGUUCGGAGUAUUGCGGUAUCUAGGAUUUUUUAGAACUUACAACGUUGUUAUUUUGACGUUACAAAAAGCGGCCCCUCAAGUAGCUAGAUUUCUACUUUGCGCUUUGUUAAUUUACGCGGGGUUUACUUUUUCCGGGUGGUUAAUCUUAGGGCCUUAUCAUUUUAAAUUCAGAUCUCUAGCUACGACUUCGGAAUGUUUAUUUUCUCUUAUAAAUGGCGACGAUAUGUUCGCGACUUUUUCGAUUAUGUCAAAUAAAUCUGUUCUUUUAUGGUGGUUCAGUAGGAUUUAUUUAUAUACUUUUAUAAGCUUGUACAUUUAUAUAAUUUUGAGUUUAUUCAUUUCGGUCAUAAUGGAUGCUUAUGAUACAAUAAAAUCUUAUUAUAACGAAGGUUUUCCUAAAAGUAGUUUGGAGUGUUUCAUAGGAGAGACGAAUUGUGAAGACGUUACUAGUGGAAUGUACAGAACUGAUUCCUCGGACAGUUUGGGUGGUUUAAUGAAAGAUCUUUGCUGUUGUAAAAAAAUAUAUCAAUCAUAUUCCACCCUGACGUCGAAUAGUCAAUCAAGAUCAAGUAUACUUAUAUAAAAAUUCAGUAAAAACAUUUUUUUUAAUUAUAUAACAAUAAAAAUAAUAUUUUCGUACAAAUUUUAAUAGUUUCACUUUUUACAGUUUAUUUUUACUCGACUGUAAAUUUAUACGUUUUAUUGUUGAAUAAAAAGCUAGAAGAA